CCCGCCCCCGCCCCCGCCCCACCCCGAAAUCCAAAUGAAAACCACCCUCCCCGUCGGCUUCCAACUUCCAACCACUCUUCCCAUUACCGCUUCUGAUUUGAUCGAUCUUCUUACCGCUUCCAUCCAUUCCACCAGCGAUCAGAGUGUAAGCUAGGCUCUCCACAGCAGCGGCGACGCCACCAUGCGGCUGUACGUGUGCGUGCUCGAGGCCCGCGACCUCCCGGCGCCGCUGGACGGGGGCGGCGAAGGAUUUUACGCGAGGGUGAAGGUGGGGAGGCAGCGGGCGCGGACGCGGGCGGUGGAGCUGGCGGGCCCGGGCGGCGCGGCGGCGUGGAACGAGGAGUUCGCGUUCGCGGUGGGGGAGGAGGAGCACGAGGUGGUGGAGGUCAGCGUUGCGCGGCGCCGGGAGGAGGGGGCCGGGAGGGAGGUGCUGGGCAGGGUCAAGCUGCCGCUGCCGCCCGCGCAGGCCGCCUCCGCCGCCAGCGGGAGGCACUCGGUGCCGCCCACCUGGUUCACGCUGCACCCCAAGCACCGCCGGAAGGGCCGCGCCGCCGAUGCCGCGGACUGCGGGAAAAUUCUCCUCACAUUCUCACUCUAUGGAGAGAACAGUGACAAUACCGUCAUCCACUCAUCUCCCUGUCCAAGCUCCAGGAGUGGCACAGAUGUGGAAAUUGAGAGAUCAGACUGCAGGGAACAUUCAGGCGCCAACGGUGUGGUGCUUGAUUCCGCAAGGAGUUCUGCAGUGGAGCAAACUUCUGUAGAUAAUUCUGACCGGUCAAUACAAGCAGAUUCCGAUACAGUUUCUGAAGAUGAUGGCCUGAUAGAGCCUGGUGCUGCAGCAGCAGCAGCAGCAGCAGCAAAGAGCGCCCAUGACAGUGACGCUGAGCCGUCCGUUUCAGAUGCAAGCUUUGAAGAAGCCAUGGAAACCAUGAAUGCGGCGAGUAGUACACCAGACAUGCCGGAUGAUCUCGGUAGUGGCGUAAUGUUUGAUCACACUUACCUCGUGGAGGCGAAGGACUUGAACUCUCUUCUCUUCGGACCUGAUUCCCAGUUCUCCAAGGACCUGCGUGAGCUGCAGGGUACCACGGACUACGACGAGCAGCCAUGGACAUGGAAGAGCCAGGACCCUCCCAGCUUAACCAGGACAUGCCGGUACACCAAAGGCGCAACAAAGCUCAUGAAAGAUGUCAAAACCAUCGAGGAACAGACCUAUCUCAAAGCCGAUGGCAAGAAUUUCGCCAUCAUGACUCGGGUUCGUACCCCGGAAGUUCCAUUUGGGAACUGCUUCGAGGUCGUUUUGCUCUACAAAAUAACCCAUUCCCCUGAGUUGUCACCAGGUGAAGAGAGCUCACGUCUGACUGUAUCGUAUAAUGUGGAGUUCCUCCAGAGCACCUUGAUGAAAAGCAUGAUCGAGGGAAGCGUUCGGGAUGGACUCAAGGAGAACUUCGAAAGCUUUGCAGAGAUUUUGUCUCGGCAUGUGAAACUGGCUGAUGCCGCGGGGAUGGAUAAAGAGCAGCUGUUGGCGCCGCUGCAGACAGAUCGCCAGUCACAUAUCAGACUUGCUUACAAGUAUUUCUGCAAUUUUACCGUGGUCUCGACGGUGAUAAUGGCAGUGUAUGUUCUUGUGCACAUCCUUCUGUCUAGGCCAGGACCACUUAUGGGUCUCGAGUUUAGUGGUCUGGAUUUACCUGACACAUUUGGGGAGCUGAUCACAUCAGGCAUACUGGUUCUUCAGAUGGAGCGUUUACUGAAUAUGGUAUAUCAUUUUGUACAAGCAAGAAUACAAAGAGGAGGUGAUCACGGGGUUAAGGCAAAUGGUGACGGUUGGCUAUUAACUGUAGCUCUGCUAGAGGCCACAAGCUUGCCGCCUGUUUCUUGUGGAUCAGUAGACCCUUACGUUGUGUUCAGUUGUAAUGGUAUAACGAGGACAAGUUCUGUUCAACUCCAGACUCAGGAACCUCAAUGGAAUGAGGUAAUGGAGUUUGACGCCAUGGAAGAGCCACCUGCUAUGUUGGAUGUUGAGAUUUUCAAUUUUGAUGGCCCAUUCGACUUGGCAAUCUCACUGGGACAUGCAGAAAUUAACUUUCUUAAGCACACACCAACAGAACUAGCAGAUAUAUGGGUACCACUGGAAGGAAAACUAGCCCAGACAUGCCAGAGUAGGCUACAUUUGAGAAUGUUUCUUGAGAAUACUAAAGGACCUGAGACAUCAAUGAGAGAUUAUCUUAACAAGAUGGAGAAGGAAGUCGGUAAGAAGUUACAUGUUCGGUCACCGCAUAGAAAUUCAACAUUCCAGAAGCUUUUUAGUUUGCCUCACGAAGAGUUCCUUAUAGCAGACUAUGCAUGCUCCUUAAAGAGGAAAUUGCCGUUGCAGGGAAGGCUAUUUUUAUCAGCCAGAAUAGUUGGUUUCUAUGCUAAUUUGUUUGGGCAUAAAACGAAAUUCUUCUUUCUGUGGGACGAUGUCGAAGAAGUCGAAGUGUUACCUCCAUCUUUCACAACAGUAGGCACCCCAUCAUUGGUGUUUAUGUUAAAGAGUGGGCGUGGGCUUGAUGCCAAGAAUGGUGCGAAGUCGCAAGAUAAGGAAGGGAGGCUGAAAUUCCAGUUCCAUUCAUUUGGGUCGUUCAACAGGGCUAGCAGGACGAUAAUCGGUCUGUGGAAAACAAAAUCUUCAGCUAUUGAACAGAGGGCUAAGCUGGAAGAAGAUCAUGGAGAUGAGAGCCAUGACGAUCUUGACGACGUUCAGUCUGUGUUGAGCAUUGGAGACGUGACCCUCUCAAAGGAGUAUACAGUGGAACAUCCUAUUGAUGCAGAUUUGCUGAUGGGGGUGUUCGACGGUGGCGCCCUGGAGACUCGGACGAUGAGCAAGGUGGGGUGCCUCGACUACACGGCGACCCCGUGGGAGGAGACCAAGCCGGGCGUGCUGGAGCGACACGCCAGCUACAAGUUCAACCGCUACAUGUCCAUCUUCGGCGGCGAGGUGGGGAGCACCCAGCUGAAAUCGCCCUCGGAGGACGGCGACGGGUGGACGGUGUACGACGUGAUGACGCUCCGCAACGUCCCCUUCGGUGACUACUUCCGGGUGCAUCUGAGGUACGACGUUCGGAGGGUCGCGUCGUCGGAGCCGGAGCCGCCGAGCUGCCGGUGCGAGGUGCUGGUGGGCAUCGAGUGGCUCAAGAGCAGCAAAUUCCAGAAGCGGAUCGCGAGGAACAUCUGCGACAAGCUGGCCCACAGGGCCAAGGAGGUCCUCGAGGUGGCCGGCAAGGAGAUAGCCUCGGCCAUGUCGGGCUAGGUGACCGAGCUGGAGGAUCGGGCGUUUUUUGUUCACCAUCUUCCGGCAAAGCUGCGUGAAGCGUAGCAGCUUAGUCGUUACCGUUUCGUAGCUGACGGAGACGUGACACGCGCGAGCAGCAGUGCGCUAACACCCCAAUACCGAUGCAUUAGUGCCUACAAACUUAUACAGAAGUAAAUAAAAAGAGCGGAGGAAAUCUUCUGUGGGAAAAGUAUGUAGAGUAUAUGAAAGCUAUGUCGCAGAGAAGUGGCAAGACGGCUGUCUGGCGCAGCGUUGUGCGUUGCGGUGACACUGGGAGAAAAGGCUUUGCGGCGUCGUGCGUCGGCAACUUCGUCUCAUGGGCACUCGUUUGGGUAGAUCUGGUGAUGACGACGCCUUGUGGAACGUGGGCAGCACUUGCGCCU